AUGGAUCCUUCCAAAUUGCCGGCCUGGAAUCUCCCAGAGGGCGUCACGUCUCGGUUCGUCGACACGGCCCCAAAGGGCCUCAAAGUGCAUAUUCUCGAAUCAUUUCCUCAGAGCAAGUCAUCGGACUCCCACGCUCCCCUCAUUCUCUUACUUCAUGGUUUCCCUAAUCUGUCGUACGACUGGCGGUACAUCUUGCCGCUGCUCGCGAACGCGGGCUAUCACGCCGUAGCUCCCGACAUGAGAGGCUUUGGAAGAACCCACAAUUCCGACCUCAGCCCGAUCGAAGAGGAGACCAUUCGCCCUGUGUUCUCAGUUCACGACGUGGUGUCGCUUCUCGAGGGCUUACGCUACGAUUCUAUCCACACGAUUGUCGGUCACGAUCUCGGGGCCGUGCCGGCAUCGCUCACGUCGAUAAUACGCAAGGACUUGGUCAAGUCGCUUGUUCUCGUGGCACACCCAUUCAAGGGCAUUCCGGGUCCUUCCGCCAACGAUAAUAAGGCUGGAGGGGACCCGGAUAUUCAGGCGUCUCUCGGAAAAUUGGAUCCUCCGAGAAAGCACUACAAGUACUACAACGCGUCGUCUGGUGCGGCUGAUGAGUGGACGAAUCCAACGGGUCAGCCUCUUCAUGAUUUCCUCAGGGGCUAUUUCCAUCUAAAGUCUGCGGGCUGGGCUGGGAACAAGCCGCAUCCUCUGAAGUCAUGGACGGCGGAAGAGCUGGUUGUUAUGCCGCAUUACUACGUCAUGAGAGCAGACUUGUCGAUGCGCGGAAACGUCGAACUGGACAUGGCAGAAGAGUCUCCGAAUGUUCUUGAGAAGCUUCCAGACACCCCUUGGCUUACUGAUGCCGACCUUCGUGUAUACUCUGAGGAGUUUGGCCGUACAAAGUUUGAUCGCGCUUUGCAAUGGUACAGGGCCAUCAUCGACCCCAAGCAGGCGGAGGACCUUCUCCCUUUUUCGGGGACAAAGAUAGCUGUGCCGACAAAUCCCGGGAUCCCUUGA